AUGGAGCCCCGGAUUCCCCACAACAUCACCGUGGUCCCCAACUCUGUGAUGGUGCAGCCCUUGCUGGACAGUCGGAUCCCCUACGGGCGGCUGCAGCACCCUCUGACCAUCCUGCCCAUCGACCAGAUGAAGACCACCCACAUGGAGAACGACUACACCGACAACCCCAGCGCCUCCCAGCCAGCCCAGAAGCGUCCCCGAGCCCCCCACGAACUGGGCUUGACCAGCCAGCACCCUCAGCGCUGCGAGCAGGACGUCACCCACCCCUGGAUUUCCUUCAGCGGGCGCCCCAGCUCCAUCAGCAGCAGCAGCAGCACAUCCUCAGACCAAAGGCUGCUGGACCACAUGGCCCCGGUGCCCGUGGCAGAGCAGUCGUCCCCCCGCGCCGUUCGCAUCCAGCCCAAGGCGAUCAACUGCAAACCCCUGGACCUGAAGGGCCCUGUGGCUCAGGAGCUGGACAAGCACUUCCUGCUGUGUGAGGCCUGUGGGAAAUGCAAGUGCAAGGAGUGUGCCCUGCCCAGGACUCUGCCCUCGUGCUGGGUGUGCAACCAGGAGUGUCUCUGCUCGGCGCAGAACCUGGUCAACUACUCCACCUGCAUGUGCCUGGUCAAGGGCGUCUUCUACCACUGCACCAACGAGGAUGAUGAGGGCACGUGUGCAGACCACCCCUGCUCCUGCUCCCACUCCAACUGCUGUGCCCGCUGGUCCUUCAUGAGUGCCCUGUCCCUGGUGCUGCCCUGCCUGCUCUGCUACCUGCCCGCCACCGGCUGCGUCAAGCUGUCCCAGAGAUGCUAUGACCAAGUGAGCCGGCCCGGAUGCAGAUGCAAAAACACAAACAGUGUCAUCUGCAAGGCGUUGCCCGAGAGCAAAGGGGCAGAAAAGCCCUUUCAAUAG